UUCCCCUUCCAAUCAACAAUCUUUGCUUGAAACUCGUAGUGAUUAAUGCAGGAGUACGAGUUAUGAGUUGUAAACUACUUCCCCUUCCAACCUCACUGAACAGCCUUAUCAAUUCAGGGCGGACCCUGAAACAUGCCACUCAAAUUCAUGCCCAUCUCAUCACCACUGCCUUCCUUUCCCUCCCUUUCCUCUUCAACAACCUCCUCAACUUGUACGCCAAAUCUGCUUCUCUCGAUCACACCUUGUUGCUCUUCUCCUCAGCCCCACAUGACUCUAAGAACGUUGUCUCUUGGACUUCUCUUAUCACCCAAUUUUCCCGUUCUAAAAGACCCUUUCACGCCCUUACUUUCUUUAACCAUAUGAGGUGUUCUGGGGUUUAUCCCAAUCACUACACCUUCUCUGCUGUCUUAUCUGCUUGCACUGACACUAUGGCUUCUGUUCAUGGGGAUCAGAUGCAUUCUUUGAUUUGGAAACACGGGUUCCAUGCUGACGUCUUUGUUGCCAGUGCGUUACUUGACAUGUAUGCCAAGUGUUGUGAUAUGUGCAGGGCCGAGAAGGUGUUCGAGGAAAUGCCCCUGAGAAACCUAGUGUCUUGGAACUCUAUGAUUGUGGGAUUCUUGCAGAACAAGCUAUAUGAUCGGGCCAUUCUCUUCUUUAAGACGCUUCUACUCGAGAGUCUAACUGCUGUUGAUGAGGUAAGCUUUUCUAGUGCUUUGAGUGCUUGUGCCAAUGUUGGUAACUGGGAGUUUGGGAAACAAGUUCAUGGAGUUGCUCUCAAGCUUGGUGUCAGGAAUUUGGUUUAUGUAAAUAACUCGCUGAUUGACAUGUAUAGUAAGUGUGGCUUGUUUGACGAUGUUGUGAAGUUGUUUUCAAACAUUGGAGCUAGAGAUGUUGUUACUUGGAACAUUAUGAUCAUGGCAUGCGUUUAUAAUAACAAUUAUGAAGAUGCCUGCAAUAAUUUUUGGAUGAUGAGGAGGGAAGGUUUAAUACCUGAUGAAGCGUCAUACUCCUCUGUUCUUCAUUCUUGUGCAAAUCUUGCAGCAUUAUAUCAGGGAGCACUCAUCCAUAAUCAGAUCAUAAAAUCUGGAUUCGUGAAGAAUUUGUGUGUUGCAAGCUCUUUGGUUACGAUGUAUGCAAAGUGCGGCAGCUUGGUAGAUGCUUUUCAGAUAUUUGAAGAGACUGUGGACCGUAAUGUGGUUUGUUGGACAGCCAUAAUUGCAGCUUGUCAACAACACGGUCAUGCUAACCAGGUUGUUGAGUUAUUCGAGCAAAUGUUGAGAGAGGGGAUUAAACCUGACUAUAUUACUUUCGUUUCUGUUCUCUCUGCUUGCAGCCACACCGGUCGGGUUGAAGAAGGGUUCUUCUACUUUAAUUCAAUGACUAAAGUGCAUGGUAUUUACCCUGGCUAUGAGCAUUAUGCGUGUAUAGUCGACUUGCUUGGUCGUGCUGGGCAGUUGGAUAGAGCUAAGAGGUUUAUAGAACUGAUGCCUACCAAACCAGACGCCUCUGUAUGGGGGGCUCUGCUUAGUGCUUGCAGGAAUCAUAGCAACCUUGAAAUGGGUAAGGAAGUGGCUCAGGAACUUUUUGAAUUGGAACCAGAUAAUCCUGGAAAUUAUGUGCUGCUUUGUAACAUCUUGACACGUAAUGGGAUGUUACGCGAGGCCGACGAGGUUAGAAGAAAGAUGGAAGCCAUUGGAGUUAGGAAGGAACCAGGAUGCAGCUGGAUUGACAUAAAGAAUUCAACAUAUGUGUUCACAGUGCAUGAUAAGUCGCAUGAGAAAACGCAGGAGAUUUACGAGAUGUUGGAGAAGGUGAAGGAGUUGGUAAAGAAGAAAGGGUAUGUGGCUGAAACUGAAUUUGCAAUAAACAUGGCAGAAGCAUACAAGGAGCAGAGUUUGUGGUACCAUAGCGAGAAACUAGCUCUUGCACUUGGGCUGCUCAGCCUUCCCGCCGGGGCUCCAAUUAGGAUAAAAAAGAACUUAAGAACUUGUGGAGACUGUCAUACCGUAAUGAAGUUUGCAUCAGAAGUUUUUGGGCGAGAGAUUAUAGUAAGAGACAUAAGCAGAUUUCAUCAUUUCACCAAUGGCAUUUGUUCUUGUGGAGAUUACUGGUGAUUGAUUUAGUUAGAGUUGUGUGAACCCGGGGAUA